UGCGAGGAGUUCCUGAGUUGGAUCUUCCAGAUGUACGCGCCAUACAGCGGCGGCCUGAGAGAGCGCCUCGGCGACAUGAACCCCGCGCUGGUGGUUGAUUAUUUCAAGAGGGUCGACACUAGCGGGAAUGGCGAACUCGACAAGGGCGAAUUCAGGACCUUCCUAGCGAGGUUCCUCCCCGAGGCCCGCUUUUCGGACAGGGAGGCCCACGAGCUGUUCGACGUCAUCGACAAGGACGGCUCUGGUGAGAUCGACGCGCACGAGUUCGUCCGGUGGGUGUACCCUGGGCUCAUGGAGGGGGAGAAUUUGCUGCGCCGUGGCGCGAGAGACUUGGCUGGUUCCAAGGAACGCGGAACCUCCAAGGCUGACAAGAUGCCGAGGAUCAACGCGGGGUCGAAGGACCGGCCCGGCCGCCAAUCGCGCCGCGAGGAGAGGCAGCUCGAGCAUUCCAGGUCCGAUGGCGCCAUGCUCGACCGCUCCUCGAUGCAGCCCAGCCCGUGAUACUGGAGUUCACCAUCGGGCCAGACUUCAGAACCACCAUGAUGCAGAUAGAGAAGGCAUUCUCCAAGAAGCUUGCCGAUUCGGUUUCCACGAAGAUCAUCAUCGACUGCGAGGUGAAGGGGUGCAGCAGAUUCGUGUUGCGCGUUGGCAGGGGCGUCGUGCUGUGGGACAAGCCGAGCAUGAUUGCGCACCGGGACAAUCCGUUCGAUACGUUCGACUCAUCUCGAGAUUUCGUCAUGGAGACUAUCCGAGAGAGAAUGCCGACGCUGCUGCGGGCGACACGGAGAGGGAUGGCGUGCGCUUAAUGGAAUGACCGCCUCCUCCUUCCUCUUCUUGCGCCAACUUCUUCUUCCUUCCUCAUGUUUCCCCCUUGCUCUGGGGCUUCCCUCCUCUCUUGCCGCUCCUCGCCCCUGCUGGUCAGGUCCUCGGGUGUAGCAUCUAUUCAUCAGUCUCACGACUGUAAAUUCGGAAUGCAGUUUCUGACCCGAGGAGGCGCCGAGUGCCUCCUCCGACAGUGAGUCCUCUCUCCUGUUCCCCUCCUUAAUCGCAUUGGCUCACAGUGACCCUGCCCUGAAAAAACAGGCAGGCUCUUCCCUUGGCGACGGUUGUUGAAUUUCUCUGAAUUCGCCCUGCUCGGUUUCGCGCGCGGGCUCCUGGGAGCCCUCCAGCGAUCAGCCGGCUCGGGGCCGCAGUAGAAUCGGAAUUCAGCAGCUUCGGGUGCA